CAUUAUUCCUCUCUCACUCUAACUCAAUCAUCUUCUCCCUCAAGAAAAAUAGUUGAUCGAACAAAAUGUCUGCAAAAAAAAUGGGAAGCUCUCAUGCUGCACUGAACGAAAGGAUUCUGUCUUCUAUGUCACGAAGAUCCGUUGCUGCUCAUCCAUGGCAUGACUUAGAAAUCGGGCCAGGGGCACCACUAAUAUUCAACUGUGUGGUCGAGAUAGGAAAAGGCAGCAAAGUGAAAUACGAGCUCGACAAAACCAGUGGCCUUAUCAAAGUGGAUAGAAUUCUGUACUCAUCAGUUGUAUAUCCACACAACUAUGGUUUCAUUCCUCGUACCCUCUGUGAAGACAAUGAUCCUAUGGAUGUUCUCAUCCUUAUGCAGGAACCGGUUCUUCCUGGUAGUUACCUUCGUGCACGUGCCAUUGGAUUGAUGCCUAUGAUAGACCAGGGAGAAAAGGAUGACAAGAUAAUAGCCGUUUGCGCUGAUGAUCCGGAGUUUCGUCACUACAAGGACAUAAAAGAUCUACCACCACACCGCCUUGCUGAAAUUCGCCGCUUCUUUGAAGACUACAAAAAGAACGAGAACAAGUCAGUUGAAGUGGAAGAAUUCCUGCCUGCUGAAUCAGCAACUGAUGCUAUUAACUACUCCAUGGAUCUUUACGCUUCGUACAUUGUGGAGAGCUUGAGGCAGUGACUCUAUAAACAUUCACUCAUCAGUCGAACAUUUUCGAGAUAACUAAAUAAAUAAAUGUAUAACGACCCCGUUUUUCGUCGUUGUCUUAAAUAUAUAUGUUUGUUGUGUCUUAACAUCCUUUGUGAUGUAUUAUUAUUAUAUGUCAUGUGUUUACACAAGUCUGUAUUCAUGUAUCGAACUUGUUGUAAUUUUAAUUUAAAGUAAUAAAUCGAAGCUCCUUAAAUCCUGCAA